AUGUCAUCGUGGAACUCCCAUCCUCCCUCUCACUAUCCUGAACACCCCGAGCACCGGCCACCUCCAUCAGAAGCGCCGCCUCAACAGGCUUAUCCGCCACCACACCAUCAGGGUCCUCCGCCACAUUCUCAAGCACCAUAUCCGCCUCCGCCGCCAGCACGCGAGAAUUCUGGGCCGUAUCCUUCAGAGCCAUAUAGCCGGCAAGGUAGUGUAUCUGCACCUACCAGAUCACCUGCUGAACCACCACGGAAUCACUAUCCUCCGCCGCAUUCAGCACCUCAUGACGCGCAAUACUACCCUCCGCCGCCUCCGGACUAUCACCGCCCACCUGCUGCACCACCGGGCUACGCUCCUCCAGAACCUCAGCCAAACGGCGUCCACCCGCCACCUUUACAUGUCCAGACAGGACAUGAGAUGAUGCCAGGCCAGCCAGGACCGCCACCUCCGCAUCACUAUGGCCAUCCUCCACCACAGCAUUCGGCAGGGCCUCCUCCAAGUCCAGCGGCAUAUUAUCAGCAGUCGCCAUACUACGAUCCUUCACAACAGCGACGAAAGCCUAUUCGUGCCGCUCAGGCAUGUGAAUCGUGCCGUCAGCGCAAAGCAAAGUGUGACGAGGGCCGACCUGAAUGUCAACACUGCAAAGAUAAUGGCUUGAAGUGCUCAUAUCGCGAAAUGCAGCCUCCAAAGUCCGAGAAGCAGGUCCUACAAAUCAGCGAACGGCUCGAGACUUUGGCGAACAAUGUUGAGCAGCUGAUUGCGGUACAAAAGUCGCAAGGUCUACAGAUACAACAGCUGCUUGACUCACGAUCAGCGGGAGCCGAAGUUACCUCGAGACGUGAAAUUGAAGACUCUCGUCGAGAUAAAGCCGACGGUGACGAGAAAGGAGCGCAGGAAUUCGCUAUGCCUCCGAAACAUACCACAGCAGUGCAUCAUUUGUUCAAUUGGACUUUGAUCAAGAAGCUCAUCCCGCCCAAGCAGUCCCAAACUUACGUGAAUGACCUGGAACUGAAUCGUGGCCUGCUCCGCUUGUAUGGCUGCGGUGAAGGUGAAGACAAGGGCGAUGGUCAUGAGGGUGCACCUAGUCCAGCAGGCAGCCAAGACUCAGUCUACGACGAUGAUACAUCAUCUGGCUCGCCACAUGGUGUAUGGGGCAACGGACAACUUCCUCAGCCGCCUACGUCAAGCGAAAAUGGUGCUCGGGACCAUCCCGGAGGGCUAAGUCCACGUGGUGGGCUCAUGCUCGAUUCAGCGGCUGUCGACUCAUACUUCCGAAGCUAUAUGGACAACAUACAUAUCCUGCACCCGUUCAUGGAGACAAAGGUUCUCCGACAAAUGAUUCACAACUUCAAGAGAAAGUAUAGUUGGGACUAUCGGAAUCAUGCCACGAAUGCCGUUACCGGCAACAAACGCAAACGAGAAGCCACAGAAUCGCCAACGCCGAACGAGGAUCUUUCUGCCUCUUUCUCGGGAGCUCCACCUAUCAAGUCACAUGGUCGAGCUGUGAAUGUGACCACGAUUGAGCACUCGGUUGCAAAUGCCAUCAUCUUGCUGAUAAUGGCACUCGGCAAAGUCUGUGCUCAUCGCGAGCCACUGCCAGGCCCAGUGUCGACAUCAACCCUUAAGACCUCGACUCCUCAUACGAUGUAUUCGACACUGAGUGAUCUCCCGUACAUCAAAUCAGCCCCAGCAUCGCCAUACAAUCAGACCAAUGGUAUCGCCAAUGGCAUCACUGCCGCGAGUCCGAGUGCGGCACAGGGCAAAAACAUGGAUGUCAUUCCAGGACUAUCAUAUUUUGCUAAGGCAGCUGAUAUUCUCGGCGAGCUUCCUGGGGGUGUCCAUGUGUCACAUAUCCAAGCGUAUCUGAUGGCUGGUCUAUAUAUGGGUCAACUGGCUCGGGUGGUCCCUGCGCACUAUUACAUUGGUCUUGCUUGUCGUGGGUGUCAGAUACUGAUUGAGUCGACGAAGUAUACUACAGGUGGCAUGAAACCGGGUGAGAAGAACCUGGUCGAUUUUGCGUUUUGGAGUGCUCUGCAACUUGAGAGCGACAUCUUGGCCGAGAUUGAACUUCCGCCGAGUGGCAUCACGCGAUACGAAGCCACUCAGCACGCCAUGCUGCCAACAUCGAUCACGCUGGAUGCAAUACCCGAGUGGAGCGGAACUCCCGAUAUUCAUCGCUUCUAUUCCUAUCAGAUUCAACUCCGACGAACUAUGAAUGAUAUUCACACGAUGCUUUACAAGAAGUCCGGCCCCGAAAGGAAGUUGAAUAGCCUUCUGCACCUCGUCGGCAUCCUAGAAGAAGGGCUGGAGAGCUGGCGGCAGAUCCUGAACGAUUGGGGCUGGGAGGAGGACGACUUCCAGAGCGAAGACAUCAAUGUGGCCCGCAUGCGAGCUAAGUACUACGGCGCGAGAUAUAUUAUUCACCGGCCGUUACUUCAGAUGGCUCUGGAUAUGACUACUCCGCUGCCACCUCGAAUCAAGCAGGAUGCGUCCCCAGAGAACUCGGACUGGACAGCGAUGCCUUCGCCUGGACAAAAGCUUGCGCCCCAUGACAUGAAGCCGCCUGCUCCAAGGGGCGGUGAUCCCAACAGGCAGCUUGAUCCGCGACACCUGCACGGGGCAGCGGAAUGCGUCAAAGCAGCUCUGCGAAGUACAACUGUGUUCGACAAAGUGCCGAAACGCUUAAUCAUUACCAAUAUCUUCGGCACUGCACACGCUCAAUUUGGCAAUGUACUUGUACUUGCGGCGACGUUCACGUCUCCUCAUCCGCCUCUCCAGCGACUGGUACAGGCAGAUGAUCUUCGACACCUUUUCCAACGCACUAUCGACAUACUUCAGUACAACACCAACAUCUCACCUGUGCUGGAGCAAGACGCCAAGAUCCUGCAGCACGUUCGCUCGCAGCUUUUCCCGAACGAGUACCCAUAUCCUCAGAUGAAUACGAGCUUCUCCAGCCAGGGACGAUGA